CCGAUACCGAUCGGUAGUAUCAUGGAAGAAGUCCACGAGCAACCCAUGUCGAGCUCUUUUCCAACAUCACAAUACUACAUGAUUCCCGCUCAGCAGGCCAGCGAACUUCCGCACGUGGACAAUGCGGCCGUCACCGACAAUCGACCAUGGUCGCCAACCCAGAUUGCGAGCCAAACCAGUCUGAGCUCUCCACGGCCCAUUCCAGCAUGUUCGGAAGAACGAUCUCCGCGCCAGAUCAAAACCGAGCCUGGCAACCACCCAUGUCCGAACUGCUUCAAACUCUACAAGCGCGAAUGCGAUUUAAAGUACUAAAACACCUUAAACGUCACACAAGACCUUAUGGCUGCACAUUUCCCCGCUGCAACAAAGAUUUUGGCUCAAGAAACGAUUGGAAGCGACACGAGUCGACUCAGCAUCAAAGCCCAAGACAUCGACAGGUGCGAAAGCAAGGGCAGAAUUCAAAUUUGGGUCAUGGAGCACUCAGCCAGACGAUCGGUGAAGCCGAGAUGACCACGUCUUUUUGGUGCGGAUUUUGUGUUGCGAUGAUUCACUGCGACGAGGACGUUACGCAGGUGCAAGCUCGGCUGGGAUCGGAUUCGGAGAACUUUCUGGCACGUCGAAGAACGGACAAGACUAUGGCGAGACUGGUAACGGAGUUGAGAAUUCAGCACGUGGGAGAUCAUUAUGACAAGCAGAGUCGCGGAAUCAAGGACUGGGUGAGUUUGGACGUUUUUGUGAAAGGCGAGCGCGAGGCGGAAGGACUGGGAACUGAAGUCCCGAGAUUGAGCAAAGAGGAUGUGGUGUGCAAGCAGGAACAGGAGGUUGCUGAGAUGUCUUGGGUGCCGGGCGCUGGCUUGGAUCACAAAUUUGAGCAGGGCGACUAG